AUGAUUCUACUGCGUAUGGCCAGAUUGAAUUAUAAAUUUGUAUUUUGUAAUUUUGGCGGUAUACUAAAUAUGUUUAAUACAGAGAGAGAGCAUAUUCCGCUGGAAAUGCUUGAGAAAUACGCUGCAGAAGAGUUAGAUGCAGAAAACAAUACAGGAUUUUUGGAGAUAUGCAGGAUUUUUGGAGUAUCCACAAAAACCGCAUGUUCUUCAGAUGUAGAGUUUGCGGAGCUAUUUAUGUCUCUUCAAACCAUAUUUCAGGCAUCUAAUAUUAGUCUGCCAUACGAUUUUGCAGCUCUUCUAGCAGAGUGUAAGGAAGAAAAAGAGUCAGAUGACUCAGCAGCUGAAUUGACACACCAGAAUGAUUUAGCCGAGUUAUACAUACGAAAAUUGCAGUUAAAUGAGCUACUUAAAGAAAAAUCUGUGUUAGAAGACAAAUUGAAAGGCAUAGAAGAGUUGCAGACAUAUUCAGAAGUAUCCCGCGAGGCUCUUCAAAUAGCAAAAACUCUAAACAUAAGCACAUCUCAUCAGAAAGAAGGGAAAAGAGUUUUAUGCAAGCAAGACUGUAAUAUUGACUUCCACAACUUUUUUAUGCCGUUUGUCAACUUGUCAAUUGAAACAGUAAACUUUAUAUAUGGGCAGAUAGAGAUAUCAGGCAAUGGAAAUGGAAAAGAGUGGGCAGUAUCUCUAUUAAUGCAAUACCACCAAAAGAAAUUAGAAAUGAAAGCGGCAUAUCUUCGGUACAAGACUCCAGAGCAUAUGUUAGACUAUUUAAUAACAGUACUUUUAAUGGAAAAGCCACUGGCAACAAUAUUUGACAUAUGUAAAAUACUAAAAAGAGAAAGAAAGUGUGUUAUAAAAAGUGUCUUUUUCUUAUGUUCAAAGAAAAUUCUGCAGUAUAAUAGAACAAUGGAUGCAGCCAGGCUAUACAAUACAUUAUAAACAAUUUUGU